CUUUUCAGGAACGUGAUAUUUACACCUGGCUCAAAUCAGUUGCUGUUGUUGGAAAGAGAAACUCAGUUAUUUCUGAGAGCUGAAAUGGCGCAGAGAAGAGAUUCCCAAGACCAAGAUAACUUGUCUUGUUCCAUCUGCUUAGAUCUACUGAAGGAUCCAGUGACUAUUCCCUGUGGACACAGUUACUGUAUGAACUGUAUUAAAAUCUCCUGGGAUGGAUUAUAUCAGAGUAGAUUACACAGCUGCCCUCAGUGCAGACAGCCAUUUAGGCAGAGACCUAUGUUGAAGAAAAACAUCAUGUUAGCAACGUUGGUUGAAAAUUGGAAAAAGACAGUUGCUGCAGCUGAUCACUGUUAUGCUGGACCUGAAGAUGUGGCCUGUGAUGUCUGCACUGGGAGGAAAAUGAAAGCUGUCAAGUCCUGUUUAACUUGUCAUGCAUCUUAUUGUGGGAAUCACCUCCAACCUCACCAUGAUGCUCCACCAUUACAAAAGCACAAACUGGUGGAUCCCUCCAAGAAUCUCCAGAACAACAUCUGCUCUCGUCAUGAUGAGGUGAUGAAGAUCUUCUGUCGCACUGAUCAGCAGUGUAUCUGUUAUCUCUGCACUAUGGAUGAACAUAAAGGCCAUGAAACAGUCCCAGCUGCAGCAGAAAGGGCUGAGAAGCAGAAGAAGCUCCAGGAGAGUCGACAACGAAUCCAGCAGAAUAUAAAGGAUCGAGAGAAAGAUGUGAAGCUGCAUCAACAGAAGGUGGAGGCCAUCAAUGUCUCUGCUGAUAAAACAGUGGAGGACAGGGAGAAGAUCUUCACCAAGCUGAUCCGUCUCCUCCAGGAAAGAAGCUCUGAUGUGAAGCAGCAGCUCAGAUCCCAGCAGGAAACUGAAGUGAGUCGAGUCAAAGAUGUUCAGGAGAAGCUGGAGCAGGAGAUCACUGAGCUGAAGAGGAAAGACGCUGAGCUGGAGCAGCUCUCACACACAGAGGAUCACAACCAGUUUCUCCUCAACUACCCCUCAAGGCCAGCACUCAGAGUUUGUAAACCCGAACCCAUCAGCAACAUCUGUCCUCUGAGUGACGUUGAGUACAUGACACCAGAAAUGUCACAGCUCAGAGCCGAAAUGCAGAACCUCCUGAGAGAAACAUGGAGAAACGUUGAACUGAAGGUCACUGAUGUGACUAACCUUGAUGACGUCAGUGACUGCAGGUCAGACAGACCCAACCAGUUAUGCGACAGGACCAAACCUCCACAACUAGUCCCAUCCUCUCCUUUCUUCAUAGCUGCCCCUCCACCUCCACCCUCUCCUUUCCCCUCAUCUGUCCUCCCAAAUAUGGGACGUCCUCUCCCUUACCAAACCCCUUACGUCCAGCCAAAUCCUUUCGUUUAUGAACAGCCAUACUAUCCUAUGAAUUGUUUUUAUCCAUACACGAAAUAAUCUUCUUUUGUUGGGAUAAAAAGAAAGUUAAGAAGGUUAGAUUUUAAUCAUUUGAUUGAUAUGUAAUUCUGUUAGUCUUUUUGUUUUACAGAAACGGCAACAAAAAAGAUGCAAGAGGAGAAUAAUCUGAGAAGUAACUAAUAAUGAUUUAAUUUGUCUUGUUUGAUAGUAGAUGAAGUCUGUGUAUUAAUAAAUGAUUCUCAUAAUCUUGCAGUUAUGGUUUUCAUGGUUUGUUUAAUAAUGUGAAAUAACCUGAGCUAGUGGGAGCAUAUAGAUAUUUAAUAAGAGGAGUCCCAGGAUUACACCUUGGGGUACCCCGUAUGAGACUUCAUGGAACAAAGAGAACCCAACCAGAACCAAAGGUGGAGAUUUGUUGGUGAAGGGAGCUGAGAACUGAUCCAGGUGUCAGUGGUCCGAUGCUAGGUUUCUUUUCUCUGUAAUGGCUUUGUUAGCAGUGGGGGUUGCUGGACAUUAAGCACAAAUUGUCCAAUAUUAUUAACCCUUUUAACUGUCGUCCCCAAAUUGGAAUGGGCCAGUAUAAUAACCUCAGGUAGAAAUAUCACAAUUUCCUGAUGUCACAGUAUAAAUACAGCUCUAAGAUGUGUUAUUUUAUAUUUUCUUUAGCAUGCUUUGAUGGGACUGCGUCAGAAAUUUGCCUCUUUAAUGUUUUCUGUUCUAAAAGAACUAGGAUAUAUGUGGAUUUGACUGCAAUUUUAAACUAGCGUAUCACCACUACAGUGAUAAACUCUGUUGAUCACAUAUUUGUAUUAAUAGCACAGAUUGUCUGUCAUCUUAAUCCCGUGUGAAUUGGCUGUUAAUCAUUUGUAAAGUAAAAAUUCCCCUUAAAUUACCUACUAUAUUUGUCUAUGAUGGAUUUUUAUGUUUUUGCGAUUGAAGCACUUUGAGCUGUCAUAUUGUUGAAAUGUGUUAUACAAAUAAAUUUGGUUGAUUGACGAGAAUCAGCAAAUUAACGUCAUAUCCGUGAGAUGUGAGUAAAUUUCAUGUCGUGAUUUGUUCCACACAUGAAGACUGUAGUUCUGUAAAUAAGACCUUCAACUUGUAAAUGAAAGAUAGCAACAGCUGCCAGACCUGGUUUUUAAUCAGAAGUGGUGCUGGAGGUACAAAGGUUGUUUCUGAUUAUGUUAAAUGUUUAACUACAGGUGUGGCUUUACAAGCUGCUGUUUGCUAAAAGUUCCUUUAUGUAGUUGUUGAUCUAACUGGGUGUGCAGUUUGUUUGCUUUUAACUUCAAAUCAAAUUAAAAGCUUUUAGCUGGAAGGGAAAUUUUUUUAAAUGAAUAAACUUUGACUGAAACUGUGUAUGGGUUUGCUUAUUGUGUUUCUACCACAAGCCCAGUGGUAGAAAAUGUAAUCAAAUGGACAGUAGUAACAUGACUACAAUUUCACAAUAAAACAACUUUCAUCAUAC